CCGGCUCUUCCUCGGCCCCCUUUCCCCGCCGGUCCCCGCCGCAUCUCCCCUGUCCAGCUGGGCGGGGACUGCUGUACGACUCUGUAAAGUCUGUGAGUCACUGCACAACCCAUCAAUCCAAUUAAAUGUCUUGAGCGAGCCGAGCAGGGGGUGCUGCCGCCGCCGCCGCUCGCCCCGCCGCGGCCGCCCCUGCUCUCAGCGCCCCUCUGAUCCAUGGCUGUCUGUCUGUACUUGUUACGGUGUAACCUCCUCCUCCUCCUCCUCCCUCUCCUCAGGAGCCGCUGCAACUUCCCCUCUGCCAGCCUCCUCUGCUUGGGGACUGCAAAGGCAUGGGAUAGAUCCGGAGCCACUUCUCUCUAUCUCCCCUCCAGCCCUCGCUCAAUUCCCCCCCUUUAAAUUAAAGUCUGUUCCUCGCUCCUCGUCGUUUUAGAGAUUUAUUUGUCAGUCUUAUUCCCCCUGAUUUAUUUUCCCUCCCUGGGGCAGGGGGUCGCAGGGGCCGGCGGGUUUAUUUUAGGGAAGGGGCUCUCCACCCCCACCCCCGUUUCCCCUCCUCCUUUUUCGGCGGUGACUUGAUUGCCCUGCUCCUGUCCGCUCCCACCCCUCGAACUCACCGUCCUGCACUCGAGUGACGCACCGACACCCCCCGCCCACAGCCCAGACGUCCCCUCCCUCGCUGCCACCCCGACCCGUCUCGGAGCUGGACCCGGUGCCGACUUCUUCGCAGAAGGCAUUACAACAUCUUAUCAGGCUGUUCCUAAAUCAUCAGGAUUAUCAUACAGCUAUGACCAGCUGGAUCAUUCUAAUUGGAAACUAAGUGCUUCUCACAUUGAAAUCUCUUCGAAAACAUCGCCACUGAUCUCCUUCAGCUGUGGGAGUUCUGCUAAAUGCCUAGUACUGCAUGCUUGAUAUAUGUUGGGUAAAGGAGAAAAACGGAAGUUUGAUGAGCAUGAAGAUGGGCUGGAAGGCAAAAUCAUGUCUCCCUCCGAUGGUCCAUCCAAGGUGUCUUACACCUUACAGCGCCAGACUAUCUUCAACAUUUCCCUUAUGAAACUCUACAACCACAGGCCCCUCACCGAGCCCAGCUUGCAAAAGACCGUUCUGAUCAACAACAUGUUGCGUCGGAUCCAGGAGGAGCUCAAACAGGAAGGCAGCCUGAGGCCGGUGUUCGCCGCCGCCGCCUCGCCCCCGCCCGACUCGCUGAGCGACAGCUACCGGGAGGCGCCGCCCGCCCUCAGCGCCCCCGCGCCGCCGCCGCCCGCGCUCGCCGGCGACCUCGGAAGCACUACGCCCCUGGAGGCCUGCCUCACGCCCGCCUCGCUGCUCGAGGACGACGACGACCACACGUUUUGCACUUCCCCGGCCCCGCCGCCCGCGGCUCCCGCCAGACUCUCGGCGCCAGCGCCGCUGCCGGAGAAGGACAGCUUCUCCUCCGCCCUGGACGAGAUCGAGGAGCUCUGUCCCACAUCUACCUCCCCAGGGGCCGCCGCGGCAGCGCCGGACAGCUCCAGAGGGGGCUCCGGCGCGCCGGGCGGCCCGAGGCCCGACGACCCGAAGCUGAUGGACUCUCUGCCCGGGAACUUUGAAAUCACGACGUCCACGGGCUUUCUGACGGACCUGACCCUGGACGACAUCCUGUUUGCCGACAUCGACACGUCCAUGUAUGACUUCGACCCCUGCACGUCGGCGGCGGGGACGGCCUCCAAGAUGGCCCCAGUGUCGGCCGACGACCUCCUCAAGACUCUGGCGCCCUACAGCAGUCAGCCGGUGGCCCCGAGUCAGCCUUUCAAAAUGGACCUCACGGAGCUGGACCACAUCAUGGAGGUGCUGGUCGGCUCCUAAGAGCCCCGGACCGGUGCCUGCGCCGCCCGGACCCUGCGAGUGUCCCCGCACCCCACAGCUCUCCGCACUGUGCAUGCACCCUUGCUUGCCUUUUUCAGAGAAAAAGAUCGUUUUACACAAGGAUCACACUAGUUUUUGCUUUGAGCAGAGUUGGAGUGCCUUCAUCCACGUAUGACCACUUUUAAUAUGCUUUUGUGAGUGGUUCUCAGAGACCUACUGCCCUGGAAUAGGAAAGAAUACAUUGGAAGACUAUGUCGCUGUGCUGAAUGACAAAAAUAAACAGUCCAAGUGAAGCACAAGGAAUAAGUUGGAAAAGCUGUAAAUUGCAUGUGCAUAUUUGUCUAUUUUUUCUAUAAGUUUUAUUGCAAGAGGUAAAAAGAGAAAAUAUAUAUAUAUAUUAUUUAGAUAAUCUCAGUACCUUUUCUGGCAUUUUCGCCCUGUAUAGGUUGACUUGGCAAUUCAGCCUUUUUAGAGGCAUUAACUACUCCUCCUAAGUGUUGCAUUUACAUGGCUGUUUAGAAACUGCUGCCCAAAUUUAUUUUAUAUUUUUGUACAGAUUCUGCAGUUUAUGAUAUUGUUUUUCUAAAAACAAAUGCUGUUUAUACAUAUGAGAUAGCUAUUUUGAUAGGAUUUGCUCACAUAGUUCCUGCAAACUUCACAUGUACAAGUUGCACUUGUACUUUUAUAGAGUUGUAAUGUUUUAUAUGUGUUUGGUGCAAAGAGAAAAUUGGAUCAAAUCAAUCCGCAGUUGAUGUUCCCAAAUGCAAACACACACACACACACACACACACACACACACACACACACACUGCUUUAAGAAAGGGCCAGGCGAUAUCACACCCAAAUUUCACAGGCACCAACCCCCUGGCAUGAACACCCGCCAGCACUGUGACUUCCAAAGCCAGAGCCACCUCUGCUCAUCAAACUUGCAUUAAGCAGUUGGCGGGAGAUGGCCGUGGAGCUGGGGGGUGGGGGGUGGGGUUGAAGUGAUGGUUCUCUUUAGCUCCCUCUCUUGAGGGGAAGGCUACCAAAUACUCACUGUAUUUAUGCCAAGUUUGUGCUUUUAAUUGUUCUUAUUUUUUUAAACAGAAACCCAGAUCUUUCCCUUUUGGCAUAAUUUUUACGAUGACCUGAAAUUUUACAUGAGAACAAAAUUUUCUGAAAAGUAACCGACCUCUUCGUGGAACUAAACCCUAUUUGCAAUGCCUAGGGCACACAAGGAAGAAACUACCCCAGAAGGCAUCCACUGUGUUGCUCAAUUGUCUUUUGCAGCUUCCCUUCCCUAGAGCUUUUGUUCCCUCUGUUGCUAAGUGCUGAAAAUGGCAUCUUCAUGAUCACCACAGUGAGCACAGCUCACCUCGGCCCAGCCUGGGAUGCUGUCUUGUAACAUCCGUGGCUCUUGAACCUGGAGUUGGUACCAUUAUGUCACAGCUUCCAAUCUUGUUGCUUCCUUGAAUCAACUGCUUUAACUACACUUUACAAGGCUCUUUUACCCAAAUACACAGACAGGACUUUCUAUGCAUGUUCCUCUUCCUUCCCCCUGCUUCCCCUCCACCCCACCCCCAUCCCCACCCCCAGGACACUUGAGCAGUAGCUUUUUACUCCUAGUGGUGUACAUUUAAUUUUAAAACAUUUGCAAUGUAUCAUGCUUGUUGCGGAAAUUGUUGAUGGCCUUUUCGUUUCAGUUUUUUUCUUUCUUCCAAUGGUACUUUAGCUGGUUACAACCUAUAUUGUUGAAAUGCAGAUGGCUUCUUUAGGAAUAACUUUUAUAUUUAUUUAAGAAUUUUUAAAUUAUGGGAUUUGUGUUAUUGUUGUUGUCUUUGUUGUUGGUCAUUUGUCAAUAUUCAGUCACCAGUUCUGCUCACUUCUUGCCAUGGAUAAAAUUGAGUCUUUCUGGCCAAUUAAAAAAGACAGCUUUAUAAAAUGGCACUUUAAACAAGCCAUAGAUAGUUUUAUUUUUAUAGUGCACAUGGCAAAGCAAAUACAUUUGUGAUGAAGGAACUGCUCAUUUAAGCAAAAGAUUUGUAUAUGAUAUGAUUAAAUUUUUGUAUAUUCGAAUUUACUUUUCCCCCCACUUGAAUGUGUUUUCAAAGGCUAAUCGUCCACUCAGUAGAGCAGUGAGAAACGCAUCAAGUUCCUCUUGUUCUCCUACAAGCGGCCUCCACCUGGACACCUCUCCCUGCCGCAGAUGUGGCAUUUCCUUCGAUAGGACCAGGGACCAUCUAGUUGAGGUGAGGCCUGGUGUAGAUGCUUCCGGUGUCACUGUGCCUGUCCAUUUUAAGAGCUUCCUUUUCCUGUGGAGAACAAGUCAGCCCAGGCACCGUGCUUCUGAUAACCGGAGGCCCCGGCAAACUCCCCGCAGCCGCACACAUACAUACGUAUACAGACACAAUAGCGUUGAUUAUUCCGAACAAUAACAGGGUAAGGCGGCUGAUUUGCCGUUGUUAAAAACUGAUUUACAGUAACUUAGAACAACUGUACUUUGGUUGGAUUAGCAAAUCGUGUGUUUAAACAAAUCCCAUAUGUUGGGCAAUAGUUCAAAUAAGCGCAGCAAAGUGUUGCCCAAACAUGGUUCUCUGACUCUCUCGUAUUUGGAAGGCUGGGCUUCAAAAUCAAAACAAAACCCCCCAACAACAGCAGUUAAGUAAAUGCUUUUUAACGCUGGACACCCUUGCCGUACAUGCUCGAUAUUCAAGGUCUGUUGAGGAAGACGUGGGAAAUUAGGGGCCCAUUUUUCAACGAACAAAAACAUCAAGUGUUCAAGUUACCGUUGUCUUAUUUUCACAAAGCGAUGGCCCAGUGGGUAAGAAUGCGGGCCUGGGUGCGAUCUCCAAGCCCCUGUUUGAGUGUGGGAUGUGCUUCCAGAUGCCACCUGGCUGUAGUGCCUUCCCCCUUUCUAAAGGACGUGGUGUGGCAUUCGGAGUCAGGCAGGUGGUUUGAGGUGCCUUUAUGAGGAAGACGUGCUGGGUGGGGCUGGGAGAGGAAAAUUAUUGACAGUGAUGUGCAAUGAAAUGACAAGAUGAGAGCAGAAUCAUAAGAGCUUUGAAUUUGAAGUGAUUUUUUUUCAUAAGUUAUUUAUUCCUUUUUUUUUCCGUGUAAAUAUAUUUAUUUUACUGUGGAGCUCUAACAACAUCUGGAUCGUACCAUGUGCAGAAUGUAUGGUAGGAAUGUAUUCUCUUGUAGGAAUGUCAGUCUGUGUUCCAAGGGGGUCCGAGCCAGACCCCUGGAUCUUCUCAUUGUAUGCACCGUCCACACUGAGUUUUCUCCUCUUCUCUGAUGUAGGUCUAUUUGAAAUAUGCAAAGGGUAUGGAUGAGGAAUGUUUGAAUACCUCCAAAUUUUUAAGAAAAUCAAGCAUCAAAGGGUUGAUAUUUUUAAACUUUUUUUAGUAACACUUUCUCUUGAUGACAGAAGGGGCAGCCACACUGACACCCUCGUUCACACCGAAGGGUGAGAACUAGCAGAGCCUCCGCUACACACCUCGAGUGUCUUGAUCAGUUGAGCUUUUUAUUGCUGUAUCCCCGUGGAGUAUCCCAACUGCCCUGAGGUCGAUCAAGGAAGAUUUCUUAAAUAAAUAAACUCCAAAGAGCCAAAGUAUCAUCUUACAGAUCGUUUUUAAAGCUUAAAUUUAUUAACCACCUUUGUGGUAAACAAUGAAUUAUGAAUACCACAGGGCAGCCUUCUUAAAUGACAGAUGUUAAAAAAAAAAAAAAGACUCUACUUUGUGCAGCGAUUGUUACCCUCUAUAUGAAUUGUCUUAGUUUCAAAUCCUUGCUGUUACAAAUUGGACCUUUAUACAUUUUCUGAAAAUACUGAAAAGAGCAUAUUUAACCUGUUCUGGUUGUGAAUGGUUAACUUCCUGUAAUUGCCGAAGGCAGCGAGGUGUGUGCGUCCUGCUUGUGUACGAUUGUUCUCAGUGCUUCUAAGAAUGAGUCUAAAUGGUUCUUGAAAAUUAGCCAGGAUCAAAUGCUAUUGCAGACAAAGCCAAUAAAAAUUUCGGACAUGUUUUAGGGAUAACAAAUUUGGAAGAGAAGUGCAGUCCAGACAAGCAAACAAGAUUUUGGAAAAGAUGUACAUAGUGACAUGUUUGGUGCAUGGUUUUUGAGGACGGCUUUUGUCAAAAAGGAGGUGUAACCUUUCCCCCACAGACCUGAGAGCUGUGCCUUUUCUAUGCAAUAUUACAGACGUUACAUCGGAACCCAGAUAGCUGUAUUCACAUGUAGGUUUGGGCUGUAAUCUAAACAAUUGGACAGAUGAAAUGUACAUGGAAAUGAGCAGUCUUACUUUUGUAGUUUUAUAUUAUACAAUAAACAGUUAAAAGAUGA